CUCCUCCUAUUAGAGUUUGAACGCAAUUUUCCAACGCCACCAAAAAUACAAAUAUCCACGAUCCUAAUCUGUAUGUCAACAAAACCCACGAGUUGGCACAUAUAUAUACACAUUCAAUUAACCACCUUUUUGGCACAUUCCCAUUCUCUUAUGAUCAACAUGGCCCUCCAAAGGCAAAUUAUCACACCCCUUUUGGUUAUAUUCAUGAUCCUCCACUCUUAUGCACUUCAUGAACCUUCUAAUUGGGAAUAUGAACCAAGUAGAGGUAGUGUCAGAGCUGCAUAUUGGCCUUCGGGGAGUGAUUUUUCACCCUCUUCUAUUGACACAAAGUACUUCACUCACAUCUAUUAUGCCUUCAUAGAACCCGACCCACUAUUUUUCAACCUUAAUGUCACCGAGUUUCAUAAAAAAUGGAUACCUAACUUCAUCAACGGGCUCCGCUACCGUCACCCGCCUGUGAAAACUCUUCUGUCAAUUGGGGGAGGUGGCAGCAAUUCAACCGCGUUCUCUCUCAUGGCUAGCACCAAGCAAAAUCGUCAAGUUUUCAUAAAAUCCACCAUCCACGUGGCACGCGAAUACGGGUUCAACGGUCUUGAUUUGGAUUGGGAGUUCCCAGAAACUGAACUUGAUAUGUCUAACCUUGGUCUAUUGUUUCAAGAGUGGCACCAAGCGUUGGUGGUGGAAGCUCAAAUUCAGAGAAAACCGCGUUUGCUUUUGACUUCUGCGGUGUACUAUGCUUCCACAAUUAAGCUUAUUGGUAAUGGGCCUAGAUCAUACCCGGCCCAAGCCAUUACCAAGUACUUGGAUUGGGCUAGCCCCAUGUGCUUUGACUACCAUGGUACAUGGGCCAAUUUUACGGGCUUUAAUGCUGCUUUAUAUGAUCCAAAUUCUAAUAUAAGUACCCGCUAUGGGAUCGGGUUGUGGAUCGAAUCUGGUGUGCCACCCGAAAAGCUGGUCAUGGGCUUACCAUUAUACGGGCGGGCAUGGAAGCUCCAGGAUCCGAAUGUACAUGGGGUUGGGGCUGAAGCGGUUGGUGAAGCCACUGAUACGGAUGGUACUAUGGACUACGAUGAAAUUUUGGUGUUCAACAAAGAUAAUGGUGCCAAUGUUGUGUAUGAUGAGGUGGCUGUGUCAUUCUACUCUUAUGCGGAUACUACUUGGAUCGGGUAUGAUGAUGGACCCUCCAUUACGAAGAAGGUUCGGUUUGCUAAGUCAAAGGGCUUGAAGGGCUAUUUCUUUUGGGCUAUUGGGAAGGACAAGGAUUGGACCAUCUCAAGACAAGCUUCGAAUACAUGGGGACACUGAUGGCAAUACCAAGUUUAUCACGUAUUGUUGUUUGGCUUAUUAGAAUUUUACUGAAGUGGGAAUUUCAAGUAAUCUGCAACUUUGGUAAUUGAUGAAGAAUCUUAGUAUUGGGAUCAAUAAUAAUAGUAUUUUUUACAUUUUACUUUUAUACAUAUUAUUUUAACAGUAUUUUUCAUAUUAUAUUUUUUCUUUCUCACAUUUAUUUUCACUUCUUAAAUUUACGGCAAAAUAUCAUUAUC